CCACGCCCCCCAUAGGCCCCGCCCCCAGCGUGACGUCAGCCCUGUAGAAAGCAGCGUCCAGCGUCCUGCUGCAGAAACCGGACAGCGCUGCAAUCAAGGUUGAGAGCAGCAGGAGAAGAGGAACCCAAACAGAAAACAGGCUACACUCCCUCCUCAUCAACAUGGGGGCUGUUUUCUCACGAUGGAGGGCUAAACCAACCACCGUGGAUAUAUUGGAAGGAAUUGAAAAGGAUAUACAGACCCUUGAAGAAUAUAGGGAGAAGUAUCAAAGGCAGUUGAAGAUAUGGGUCGGACGACUGCUUCUUUACUCAUCUUUACUGUUUUUGGUCACCUUCAUAGUUGUAUACUUCUGCUACCUGCCUGAACAGUUGAUGGGGCGCCUCAUUUUGUCUCUUCCCUUUGUAAUAUUUCCAUUUUUAGUGUGGGUUCUUCGAAAGAUGCUUGUAUUUAUUUUUUCACGAAGAACUGAGAAAAAUAAUGACAAGUUGGAUGAUAUCAGAGCACAAAAAAGGAAAAUACUUGAAGAAGUUAUGGAGACUGAGACGUAUAAAAACGCCAAAAUGAUCCUGGAGAGGUUUGAUCCUGAUUCCAGGAAAAAGAUAGAACUUGAAUCCACUCCAGUCGGACCUCAGAUGACUCCGAAACCAGGACAAGAGCUUCGCCACCGCAGUGUCAUCCCUAAGACGCCAGUGUUGGUGAAUCCAACACUGGCUGCUGCCGCUGCCGCUGCUGCCCGCCCCCCUCUUGCCUCUGGGCCCACCUUUUCUGGACGCUCUUCCCAUUCUGCUCCAGGUGGACCCCCAGAGAGGAGCCUGUCAGCUGUAGCUGCUCAGCAGAGCUUGAUGAAGAAGCCCGUGACCCUGGGAACACCUGUUCCAGGAGUUGGGAUGCACCCCCCAGGCCCGCCCUUGCCCAGACCUGUGCUCCCACAGGACAGGGGUGUGAUGGACAAAGUCGUUGAGUAUCUUGUCGGAGACGGCCCUCAAAACAGAUACGCGCUCAUAUGUCAGCAGUGUCUGUCUCAUAACGGCAUGGCAUUAAAAGAAGAAUUUGAAUACAUCGCCUUCCGAUGUGCGUAUUGUUAUUUCUUGAACCCUGCGAGAAAGACCAGGCCUCAAGCACCGAGACUCUGCGAUGUUGCUGGCGAACAGAAGUUACCAGCUGAAGCGCAGCUCCCAUCGUCUGCUCCCGAAGGUCACGACGAGCCAAGUCUUUCAGGAGAAGCCAAGCCUGACGAUGUCCUCCUUGGAGCAGAUACGGAAGUGGAGUGCACUCCGGCGACCACAGAGCACAGUUCUGCGUCAGAAGACACACCAGAGUCACAUGACGUACCCUCUGAGAAAUCUGAUGAAGAGCAGGAUGUUUCUGCUAUGGAAGUGGAAUAAAAGGAUUUCAAGUGAUUUCAACGCGAGACAGGCCGUGUUUCUUGAUAACUGUUAGUUUACAAAUAAAUGCUGGGAGUUAUAAUGGCAUGAAAACCAGCUAGCUGUUAUUUGUUUGUUUGGGGGUUUUUUGGCUUACAGAAAUGCCCUUCAUUUUAAUGUUAGUAAUAGCAUUGAAUUAAACUUUAUAUCGUGUACUGUAGUACUUGCAUUUGGUUGCAACUUUGAUAAUCCCAUGUGCAUUACAGCUAUUAGGAUAAAUAUAUUUUUGGGGUUUUACUUUAAUGAUUUGUCUAUUUCUUUUUUUUUUUCUCCAUAUUUUAUUUGUCUAGAUUUAAUUUCUGACUUUCUGUCCUUGUGAAUAGGAAACGGUAUAAACGAAACACAAGCUGUUUUGUGGGAAAACUUUUAUUUAAGGAAGAGUAUUUAUAGCUAUUUUUCUUGUUUUGUCCAGUGUUGAUGGCGGUAUUUUGCACCACUGUGGUGCUAACAUGUUUACAAAAUCAUGCUACCAUAAAAGAAAAGCUCACAUGGUACGGUAUGUAUUUAUUACUGGAGGAGAGGAAAGCAGAUUGACGCUACUGUGUGCAUGUCCUACGUGCCUUUUUAUAUAUCGAGUCUCUAUUGUCAGUUAAAUAAAAUAUUUUUACUAAAAGGAAAAGUAAUUUACCUGUUAUCAGUUUUAAAUGACACAAUCUUUUGCAGAAUGUAUAUAUUUCUGUUCUGUAAAAAUACUAAAUAAAACCUAUGA